UCCCCUUUGCUGUAAAUCUUCGCUGAUUUAUUUUGCAUCAGCACCACACACGAGUGCUCUUCAAUGCCGCUGGGUUUGAGAGCACAUAGUCGACGACGCAGGGCAUUUUUGUCAGUUUUCCGGCCAUUACUUAUUGACUACUGACUCAGAAGAGGAAAAACACCGACUCAGCAGUACUGAGCACCGAAACCGACGCAGUAGAAUAUAGCAAUGGGGUGGCAUUGCAGCACCAAUCUCAUAGCGCUGGCUUGCCUACUAGGCAUGCUCACAACGACUAGCGUUCAUGGCUGUACACCACUUGGGAAAUUCUACAAAGACAUCAAAGAAACUCCAAUACUGCUCAGACAGUGUUUCCGAAAUGGAACAAGCUUGGAACCCAUUGAUGCAGUCAGCAUCACUGUAAACUGGACCGGCGCGGCAUAUCCACCAGACGAAUUGGCUUCUGACAAUACAGUUUCUUUCGCAAGAGCUUUGGAUCCAGAUACGUACACUUGCAUGAAGACAAAAUCAAAAUACGACAACGACACUGAUACGGCAACCAUCAUGAAUGAAUCAAGGAUCGUCGUCUUUGUCCUCUUGCGAGAGCCUUACAACGACCAGGCGUACUUCAUGAAACAUUACGAACCGGCCUCUGAUGUGGUCAGCUUCAAGAUUUACGACACCGAUGAGACCUGCGUAAACGCACGCCUGCUGUUUGACAGUCUUGGCGAUGAUUACAGUGGCAUGGUUGCAACCGCAUGAUGCUGCGGAUUAACUAUCUGAAAGCGUCAGAUAGAAGUGAAGUGUCCGAAAGACAAACGUGCUUAUUUUAGUAGUGUUUCUAAAUACACAUGCCACGCAGCGAAGCUUGCUGACUAAUUAGUCGAAUAACUAUGCUUCCUUGAUCAUUUUGUGCCUACCACACAGAAGCUUUUUGUCGUCACAGGAAUUAUUCUAAUACUUCAUGUAUUCUGCAACAUUUCAAACGCUUUCAAUAAAGUGUUGUGC